CAUUAGUGGUAAGAAGCUCCCUGCAUCCAGGUUGGCCAAAUCCAGUGUGCCAAAUCCACUGUGUGGCACACUGGACGGUACAUAGUGGUCAGUGGAGAUAACUGGACUUUUUUCAGCACUUUUUGGCGAGACAAAUAAGACAAAGCACAGCAUCGGCCCCCGUUCCUCAUCGCUCUCCUUCCCCUAUUCCCCCGCUAAGACUCGGAUUCCCUCGUUGCAACCAUGGUGGUGAUGAAGAUGAAGUUCCCCUUUCAGAAAAGGGUGAAGCUAGCCCAGGGACUGUGGCUCCUCUCCUGGUGUGCCACAGUUGCCGGGGCUAUCACCUUCACCCUGGGCUGUAUCCUCAAGACGGAGCUCCGCAGGAGGGCAGAGGUAAUGGAUAACUCGGACAUACAUGUUGUGCCCAAUACCCUCAUGAUUGUUGGUCUGGCCUCCUUGGGUAUCAACUACUUUUCUUCAAAGAUCUGUCAGGAUGCUUUGGAUGCCGGACGAUUUCCUCGCUGGAAGAAAAUGUUAAAGCCCUAUUUCGCUGUCUCUUGCUUCUUCACUGUGCUCAUGCUGCUCGCUGUCAUCAUGAGCUUUGCAAUGAAGGGCAGUCUGGAGUCCUCUCUGAAGGUUGGCCUGAGGAACGGCAUCCGCUUCUACAAGGACACAGACACCCCAGGCCGCUGCUUCCAGAAACAGAACAUCGAUCGCCUGCAGAUGGACUUCCAGUGUUGUGGAAAUAAUGACUUCAGGGACUGGUUUGAGGUCCAGUGGAUCAGCAACCGCUACCUUGAUUUCAGCUCUAAGGAAGUCAAAGACCGCAUCAAGAGCAACGUGGAUGGUCGUUACUUGUUAGAUGGAGUCCCAUUCAGUUGCUGCAACCCCAGCUCUCCACGGCCAUGCAUCCAGUUUCACCUCACCAACAACUCAGCUCACUAUAACUAUGAUUACCAAACCGAGGAGCUCAACAUCUACCUCCGAGGCUGCAGAGAGGCCCUGGUCCACUACUACAUGGGCCUGAUGAACGCCAUUGGGGCUGGAGUACUGUCAGUCUUCCUCUUACAGGCCUCUGUGCUGGUGAGCUUGCGGUUCCUGCAGACCUCCAUGGAGGCAGUGGCAGGGAAUGAAAACACAGAGAUUGAGACAGAAGGGUACUUGCUGGAGAAACCAUUGAAAGAGACCAUCAUGGAAUAUGUCGAACCUGUGAUGAAGUUCUUCCUGCUUACAAACCAGGUCGAAGAGGGUACUCCUGGAGCCCCAGCUUCAACUUAAACCACAAAUAAUGUACACUCAUGUAAAUACUUUUUACACAGAGAAGGCAACUAAUGAAUGAUAAUUAAUUAUUUAAAUUUGAAAAAUAUUAAUCACACAUUUCUAUGAAUUUCACAGAUUUAGGGAUAGUAUUUUUCAUUGUCAGAUGACCAUCACUGGUAAAGUAAAUGUUUAUUAUAAUACUGUACUUUCCCAUUAUAAUACUGUACUAAAUUUGAUAUGCUGUUAUACCCCCUCUGUAAACCACAUACUGAAUAACAUAAGAAAAGAUGAUUUUUAUCGUUUUUGUCAAUACCCCAAACUCGAUUAUUUCUCAUUCCUUUUUUUUCUUUUUUUCUUUAUUGUUAUAUUUGUUAACAGUUCCACAAAUUUACAAAAUCACUUCACUGCUUUGGAAUGCAGUGCAGUGCAUGACAUGCAUUGCUAAUUAAUUCUCAAGAGUCUGUGUCAAAAGCAGUAACAACAAUCACCAAUCAGUUAUUUGGAAAACAGUAAUUCACGAGGCAAUGUACAAAAAUAAUUUUUGAUCUUACAAAACAAGGAUGUAAAGCUGAUUGUAGAGAGACACGAGGCACAAUGCUCUGCUGUGCAACAGGACUAUUACAUAAUAUAACAGAUACAUUAUUAAAGUUUGAGGUUACUAAUUGCCUUAUGGGGUGGAGUCACGUAUUGCUUCUUUUUUUUCUAAUGACAUGCAGACAUUAUAACAUUUCAGAUAUCAUACUCCAUAACAAGUGCUCCAAGUUGCUAAUAUCUCCUUGCCUCUCUUCUCCCUGUCAGUGAAAGGAAUAGGAUUAUGAAGAUUGAUAUAAUCAAAGUCAGUAAUGCAGUGAAAGCCAUCAAGUGUGUCCUCUGUUCUGACACCUUUGUUAAAUCUUUUAAUCCCAUUUGUUAAUACUCAACCUGCUGCCCUUGCAUUUAGACACCUGCGUCAGGUGAAUGUAAGAUGCAGAGUGAAAUAUGCCAAGGCUUUUUUCUGCUAAUGGAAAUGUACUGAAAAUAUAUAAUAUUAGUGAUAUAACUUCAAACUUGGAUGAAGAAUUUGUGUUCUUUACCAAUGUCCCUGAGCAGUUCAUUAAAUAUGCAAGAGAAAUAUUCUACAAUCUCUCUGUUACCAAAAACUAAAUAUUGGUUAAUCUCUGGAAUCUAUUUGUAAUAUCCACCCAUGUGAAUAGCUUUAUUAAAGGUUGUUUUAAAAACA